GUGGUUCGAAGUUAUUGAACGCGUGCCUUCGCGUGAAGCUUAGUUCCGUUCGGCCAAGUGUCACUGGGCGAGCUUUAUCCCUUGGAACUGGACGUCCGAUCCGAUCGUCUACACCCGUGUGUGUGUGUGUGUGAGCUGAAGCUGAAGAUAAAUUUUCCCUGUGCAUCAACCAAUAUCGACGACACUCCAGUGUGAGCGAAAAGGAAGCAACCACUCACAGCGGACGAAACCGAAUCCGAAUCCAUCCGGGGCCGAAGGAUUUCUCGCCCCCCAAAAGUUCUCGUUCGAUUCGCGGUGCGCCGUUUUUAGUGGUGCGUUGUUUUCGUUCAUCUUCGCCAGAUUCCGCGCCUAAAGGGGGACGAUUUCCGAAUGGAAAAUUGCCGAGACCCGACCGGCAAUCGAAACCACGAGACGGCGCUCCAUUAGCAAUCAACCGACCAGACCAGAGCACAGGCAAAUCGUGCGAACGUGUACGGUCGGGUGUCGCCUCACGCCCGAGCUGUGAGGCGGGAAAUGUGUGUGUGCGAAAUGUACCACAGUCGAUCUACGAGCGACGCCGACAGUGGAUGCAAAACUGAUGCGAUUGUGAUUGUGUGUGGGCCUUCUGGGGGUUUCGUGAUCUAGCCAGUGACCAAGCAGUGGAUAUCGGUUUGGUCGAUUUUUCCGAAAAAAAUACUUAAACUCUACUCUUAAAAGUGACAGUGAAUGAGCGAGCUUACCGGUGCACCUUUUCGAAUGCCCCCGAUUGCUAGACAGGCCAUGAACAUGGACGACGAGCAUCGACAGCACCGCCGGAACCGCGAAGGUGAAGCCAUCGUUCCCGCGCUGACAGUCGCUCGUUAGUCGGUGUUAGUGUGUGGCACGGUGUGGUUUGGUGUUUCCGCGCGUUGCUGCAUCAAUUCGUCGUCGUGAAAAGUGAUCGUGGCGAAAGGAUUCGACUUCGACAGUAAAACAUCAACGCUCGCGCGAAACAAUCGCAUCAUUGUAAGCCGAUCGUGGUGAAAGGUGAUGGCCGGUGGGCCUUAGUGAGCCUUAGCAGUGGGGCAAUUGAGUUAGUGAGUUUGAGUGACUGUGAGGCCUCGCUUCCCGAUGGCAAAGGGCCGGGCAGAGUCGGAGGGGGUGCAGGUGCCAUUGGGAAACAAUGGUGGCAGUGGAGGUCGAGGCAGAUCCGAUGGGUCCUUUCAGCAGAAGAAUAUAUUCGCCAGCUUGCUUAUACUGAGCGCAAUUUGUUGCUUCAUCGAGUGUAACGAUGUUAUCUCAUCGAAAGGCGACACUCCGUCAAUAUCAGCAAAAAACACAGUAAUGGCCGUUUUUAGUCCAAUGGUCAAGUCGCCCGGUCCGUGCAAGUUUCUGUCCGGCACGCGUAAACAGAACCAUCAGUGCCGGCGUGACAUUGGACUGCCAGAAGCAAUCAAGGAAGCGCGCCGCCUAGCCGUUACGCACUGCGAGGAACAGUUUCGAUACGACCGGUGGAACUGUUCGAUAGAAACCAGGGGAAAGCGUAACAUUUUCAAAAAGGUGUAUCGUGAAACGGCCUUUGUACACGCGCUCACAGCAGCCGCCAUUACGCACGCAGUUGCGCGUGCCUGCGCCGAAGGAAGGAUGACCAAAUGCCAGUGCGCCUCGGAGCGAAAACCUGAGGCCACGAGACUUGCCUUCCGAUGGGGUGGCUGCAGUGACAAUCUAAAGCACGGCAAACGAGUCGCACGCAACUUUCUCGAGCUGCAGCCGAGAAAUGGUGAUCCCGUCGCCGAAAUGCUACGACAUGAUAGUGAGGUUGGCAUAAGUGCAAUUACAAGUGCAAUGACGGACCGUUGCAAAUGCCACGGCGUGUCGGGAUCCUGCUCGAUGAAAACGUGCUGGAGAAGGUUGGGCGAUUUCAAUACGACUGCCGCACUGCUGAGAACAAAAUAUCAUCUUGCCAUACGGAAGAUUCCGGUUAACAAUAAAACAUCCCGCCGAUCGGCCCCGAGAGAUUUCCGCCCGAGGGAAACGAUCUACGAUCAGCUGUACUACUUCGAAACCUCGCCAACGUUCUGCUCGGUGACGCGUGGCCGACGCUGUCUGCAUCCGGACAACUGUGCGACACUGUGCUGCGGUCGCGGAUACACCACUAAGGUCAUCAAGACACUCGAAAAGUGUCGCUGUCGCUUCACCAACGGACGCUGCUGUCAAGUGGUGUGCGAUUACUGUGAAAAGUACGAGGAUCGAUAUUACUGUAAAUAAUAGUCGGAUCGCAUCACCAUCAGGCCCCACCAUGCAUUGGACGGGAAGCAAACAUUUAUUUAUUCACAUUCACCGUAGUUUGUAAGCAGUCGCACAGCAUAAUAAGCAAGAGUGCGAAGAAGAAAGGAAGCAUCACUAAUCACAUGUUCGAACUCACAUACAUCUUAAUGUUAGAGAUUAUUUGCAAAGAAAAACAAAGAUUCACAUAGUCAGCCCGUUGCUUUGUGUACAUUUUGAGCUGCAAAACAUUGGUAAACAACACUAAUCGGGGCAACAUGGUUAGAAUGCUCGCUACGGGUUUUUUGUUUUUGUCUCUGGUGGCCAUCGAAACUCAUCUCUCUAGUUCGUGUAUCUCUAUCGGAUUUCAACACCACUACACUACUACCCCGUAACCAUUUAAUCGUAGUCGAUGUCAAUCGUGUUUGUAAUAGUAGUAGCUUCUUCCCGUGGAAUGGUAGUGCAAGUGGAGAGACAUAAGAACAGCAUCCAAACGCUAGUGUGCAAGCUAGGCUAGUUUUACAAUCCCUAUUCUCUCUCACUAUGUAACUGUAGCAUUCAUUAUACAAAUAAAUCAAAACUAGUGGCAGAAUAUAAUCGUAAUUUGAAA